UGACAGCAGCGGGUACACACACAGCUAACCAGACUGUAAAUCCAUGAACGCAAUAACGUGCAGGUAGCAGGCUUUUUGUUUGUCUUUUAUCGUCAAGAAUCACAAAUAAGAAACACCAAAGCAACAACCGUGGCUAUGGAGAGAAAAAGUCUGCCUGUUAAGCGUAUUCUCAACAAGCCUCAGAUAUUCCGCAGCGAUCCUCGCGGUGAUGUGAAUACGAGCCACUCCCGGGCUGGACACUCACUCCAGACCAAAGUGCAACGCAGCAGGCACAAGCAUCUCUAUGACAUCAACCAUCAGAUCAGGGUGAAGCCUGAUUUAAACACAACACUACCAGUUCGACAGACGGCCUCCAUCUUCAAACAGCCAGUGACCAAGGUAACAAAUCACCCCAACAACAAGGUGAAGGCAGACCCUCAGAAAGCUGUGGACCAACCAAAACAACUGUUCUGGGAGAGGAAGUUGAGUGGUUUAAAUGCAUUUGAUAUAGCAGAGGAGCUGUUGAAAACUAUGGAUCUUCCCAAAGGCUUACAGGGUGUUGGGCCUGCAUGUUCAGACAAAACGUUGCUCUCUGCCAUCGCCAGCGCCCUGCAUACAAGCCCGGCGCCCAUCACCGGGCAGCUCACUGCUGCAGUAGAGAAAAAUCCUGGAGUCUGGCUGAACACGACACAGCCUCUUUGCAAAGCCUUUGUAGUGACUGAUGAUGACAUCAGGAAGCAGGAGGACCUGGUGCAGAAUGUGAGAAGACGGCUCGAGGAAGCCUUGAUGGCCGAUUCCCUGGCUGACGUGGAGGACAUCCCUGCAGAAGCAGCAGUCGACAAAGAAGAAGAGAAGGUGGAGCAAGUGGACAAGGAGAAAUUAUAGUCCAGGUUUGUUGAACAUGAUGUUUACUGGUAAAGUCUUUCAGAUAUUCAAGUGAAUGACACCAUGGUAAUUAAACUAACUGUAAAUGCAAACAUUCAUCAUAUUUUUCUAACCUAAACGAUGACUUUUUGCCUUAAUUACAUUUUUUUACAUUGUAGUCUUAAAAGGGUGCUUUGAGUUUCCAUUUUUUUGUUUUACCUCUAAUAAUAUAUGGCAGCUGUGGAUGGUGCUAGUACAAUGCAGUGUUACAUUUAUUUAACAGCUUAAGUCGAUGCUGAAGACGCAAACCUUGUGUAUGUGAAGGUCUGUGUUAUGAUGUUUAAACUGGUCCUGAGAAGUGUGUGUACUUUUGACUGUUCUCCCAGAAUGUGUGGCUUUAUACUUUACUGACACUGUAGGUAGUGUGUUACAGUGUGUUUGGAAAGCUGCAGUAUUUUUAUACACACACAGCUUACCUGUGGCUGUGAAUGGCCAAACAUUUCAAGGUUUAACGGUUACUUCCUUGUAUUGUUCUGAUUUUUGUUUUCCCCCCCACAAUAAACAAGUUCAUAUA